UGCCUGCAACAACCUCAGAUAGUUCUCGUGAGGCACCACGUUUGAUAUAUUCCUAUCGAAAUGUCCUAACAGGUUUUGCAGUUAAGUUGUCGCCGGAUGACUUAAAGGAAAUGGAGAAAAUGGAAGGAUUUAUCUCAGCACGCCCCGAGAGGCUACUUGAUUUAUACACCACACAUAGUGUCAAUUUCUUGGGGUUGCACCAGAAUAUGGGGUUCUGGAAUGACUCGAAUUAUGGGAAAGGUGUGAUCAUUGGAGUUAUUGACACGGGGAUUUUCCCAGACCACCCUUCGUUUAACGAUGAUGGGAUGCCACCCCCUGCUAAAUGGAAGGGUAAGUGUGAAUUUAAUGUCACAAAGUGUAACAACAAGCUCAUUGGCGCGAGGUACUUCCAGUCCUCAGGGAAUGAGACAUCAUGGGACGAGAUAGGGCAUGGUACACAUACUGCUAGCACGGCUGCUGGACGUUUUGUGCCAGGUGCUAACAUUUUUGGUAAUGCUAAUGGCACAGCCGUGGGCGUUGCACCUCUUGCUCAUGUUGCAAUGUACAAGGUGUGUUCUGCUCUCACUUGCUCUGAGAGCGAUGUUUUGGCUGCAAUGGAUAUGGCUAUUGAUGAUGGCGUCGACGUGCUUUCUCUUUCCCUUGGUACAUUAACUAACAAUUUCUAUGAAGACAACAUUGCACUUGGUGCAUUUAGUGCUAUGCAAAAGGGAAUCUUUGUCAGCUGUGCUGCUGGAAAUUCAGGGCCGUCCAGUUUUUCAACGUCUAAUGAAGCGCCCUGGAUUUUAACUGUUGGUGCAAGCACGAUCGAUAGGAAAAUCAAAGCCACUGCUGUGCUCGGAAACAAUCAAGAAUUCGACGGAGAAUCAGCCUUUCAACCUAGUGACUUUCCUCCAACACUGUUGCCUCUUAUCUAUCCUGGAAGCAAUGUUAGUAACUUUAAUGCUAAAUAUUGUACCCCUGAUUCGUUGAAUAACACGAAUGUCAUGGGAAAGAUUGUGUUGUGUGAGGUUGGUAUAACGACACGAGUUGAUCAAGGAAUAGCAGUUGAGGCAGCUGGUGGUGCUGGCAUGAUUCUUAUGAAUCCAGAAGACAUGGCUAACACAACAUUGGCCGAGGUACAUGUCCUUCCGGUCACACACGUUAGCUAUGCAGCUGGUUUAAAAAUCAAAGAGUAUAUAAACUCAACAUUGAUCCCUACUGCAACAAUAGUAUUCAAGGGAACUAUAAUCGGAGAUGAUCGUGCUCCAGUGGUUGCUGGAUUUUCUUCCAGGGGUCCAAAUUAUGCAAGUCCUGGAAUUCUAAAACCAGACAUUAUUGGUCCUGGUGUUAAUAUCCUAGCAGCUUGGCAUAUUUCCUUGGAAAACAACACAAAUACCAACUCGAGAUUCAACAUGAUCUCAGGCACGUCAAUGUCUUGUCCUCACCUCAGUGGCGUUGCAGCACUACUAAAAAGUGUUCACCCCGAUUGGUCUCCUGCUGCAAUUAAGUCAGCAAUUAUGACAACAGCCGAUGAUUUAAACCUCAGAUCCAACUUAAUCGAGGAUGAGACGUACCUUCCAGCUGAUGUCUUUGCCACGGGUGCAGGCCACGUUAAUCCAUCAAAAGCAAAUGAUCCUGGCCUGAUUUAUGACAUAGAACCAUCUGAUUACUUAUCUUAUCUAUGUGGUUUAAACUACACAGACAGACAAGUUGGGAUCUUUCUGCAACGCAAAGCUAAUUGUUCAGAGAUUACUAGCAUCUUAGAAGGUCAACUAAAUUAUCCAUCAUUUUCGAUCCUAGUCAGAGUCAACUCAACAGCUCAAGUAUAUUCAAGAACUGUGACGAACGUAGGACAAGCCUACUCAACAUACAGAGUUAAAAUUGGUUCACCGCCGGGUCUUGAUGUGAAAGUUGAACCAACUACACUUGUUUUUUCAGAGGUGAAACAAAAACUGAGCUAUCAAGUGACAUUUACACCUUUGGCUACUUUACAAAACACCACUUUUAGUCAGGGAUCUUUCAGAUGGAUUUCUGAAAAACACAUUGUUAGGAGCCAAAUCGCUGUUCGAUUUUUAUGAAGAAGCUGAAUUCAGUGACACACUGAUCAAGAUUUUUCAUUUGCA